AUGAAGGCUACUAUUAUGAACCUCGCCAUGGCGGCAUCCUUUGCCGCCGGCGCUGCUGCACAACCUCAUCACCACGGCCAUCACCACCACAAGAAGAAUUCUCCGGCCGAGAAACGCGAUGUCGAGACCACCUAUGUUGCUGCUACUGUCACCCAAUAUAUGCUGGGUGAUCAGGCAGUGGGUACCGAAGAGGCUAAGGCUGGCUUGGACAAAGGCCUUUAUGUCGUUGUUGGAGAGACCACCCCAACCUUCACCCCCCCUCCUCCUCCGGCUGUCACCAGCACCUCCUCCAAAGAAGAUGCUGUCUUCCUACAGAAGGUGACAUCGUCGUCGUCCUCUUCAUCUACCCCUACCCCUACCCCCAGCUCUUCCUCCGCUGCCGCGGCAUCUUCAAGCGCCAGUUACAGCUCCGGUGCCACAGGUGUUGACGCUGAUUUCCCCAGCGGCAAGAUUAAGUGCAGCCAGUUCCCUUCGGACUACGGAGCAGUUGCUCUUGACUGGCUUGGUUUGGGCGGCUGGAGUGGUCUCCAGUACACCCCCAACUACAAAAUUGGUGACCUUGCCAUUAGCUUCAUUGAGACUGGCACUAAAUCAUUCAAGGGAGGCGCUGGCUUCUACUCGUAUGCGUGCCCCGAGGGCUACGUUAAGUCUCAGUGGCCCUCGGCUCAGGGUGCCACCAAGCAGUCCGUCGGCGGUCUUUACUGCAACGAUGAUGGUUACCUCGAACUUACUCGCACCGAAUCCACGAAGUUGUGCGAACAGGGUAUCGAAGGCAUUACUAUCAAGAAUGACCUAACCUCGAAUGUUGCCAUCUGCCGUACUGAUUAUCCUGGUACUGAAAGCAUGGUCAUCCCCGUUGACUCUCAGCCUGGCACUUCCCGCGCUUUGGCUAACGUCGCAUCCGCCAACUACUACCACUGGGAUAACAAGGCCACCACUUUACAAUACUACAUCAACCAACCUGGUGUCUCAGUCGAGGAUGGAUGCGUUUGGGAUUGCGCUACAGACCAUGACGAGUGUGGUAACUGGGCCCCCGCUAUUCUAGGCGUUGGCAAGGCUGCAGAUGGCAACACCUACAUUUCUUUGUUCCCUAACCUGCCUACGAGCACUGCCAAGCCGAACAUGAACAUCGAGAUCACGGGAGACGUCAGCAUACCCUGCUACUUCAAGAAUGGUGUAUUCGCUGUUAGCGACACCGGAUGCACUACCGCGAUCCCCAACGGUGGCAAAGCUGUCGUCACAUUCAGCAGUGCUUAG